AGAGCACAGUGCCGGCUUCACGCUCAUGUGCAGCUCGGGUUCGAGGAAUGUGUAGUCAGUCAGUCAGUCGGGAGGGGCGAGUUUUCAACCCGGUUGACGUGACCUGUACACCUUCCGGUCGGCGAAGUGGGGCUGGAACUCGGAGGGACCAAUGAGGUUGGCGUAGGUGAGGGGGCACGUUGGCUCUUACUGGAGGGAGCGAGGGAGGGUGGGAGCGAGGUAAGGGACUUUAUUCGCCAGGUAAGAAGACGGAGGGAAGGGCAGCGGCAGUAAGAGCAGCAGGAGGCAAAAGUAGUAGGAAGGCCGAGCGAGCAUUAUCAUCUCUUCCCCUUUCUUUUGCUGGCGAAGAAGCAGAAGAAUUGCGUGCAGAGACCUUCACAACCCUAAAAUAAGCUUUUCUUCGAGCCUAGCAAGCUCGCAUUCCUUUCAUUCAUUGUUCCACUCUCUGCACGCACAGCCUCUGCUGCAGUCGGGUGAGUAGUGCAGUGCGUACAUUCAUUCAUUCAUUCGUCCAUCGCACGAACCCAGACUCUCUGAGCGCUCCCUCGUCCCAAUUUUGAACGGCAAGCUGAAAGGCCAGAAGUAGUAGUGUGUUGUAUCGUCGGUGUGCCGAGAGCGAGCAAGCGAGCAUCGUCGCGUCCGUCGUGGAGCGAUUUGUUCUUUGCGACUGAUUCUGAUUUGUAUAUGUGGCAAGUGAGUCGGUGAAUCAGCAAGCGGUGCAGGGCGAGAGAAGGAGAGUGUAGAGGCGGAACAUUCAGGGAGGAGACAAAAUGACAGGGGCGAUGAUUAGCGGGGUUUGUUUUCAGUGGUGACUCGAGGGAAACAGGGAAGGUGAGCAUGGAGAAGUAGAUAAGAACGACAGUGAGGUGAUCACGGUGUACCCUCUGUACUAUAGCGUGUGUGUUUGUUGAGUCCGCCCGUGUGCUACAACUUCUGGGGAUUUGGCUCGAAAGACGAGGUUCAGGAGGUGAACUUGGAUGCAGAUUUAGGCAGAAUAUUUGGGAUCCUUGGCAAGGUGUGCUCGAUUAGUACUCAUUCAGGGCAGGAACUGCUCGAUCCUCGCCGAUUUCAUCCUGCAUUCGAAGGAGUGGCAAGUUCCCGGACCCAAGUCGAGUCCUUUGCAAGGCUGGCUCUAGAUAAUUCAGUCGGGUGUGCACGAAGUGGGGAGUUUUUUUGAGACAAAAGUGCGUAGUGUCAGGACAAACUUGUUGUACAGGACCGGCCAUGUUUAGGAAAAUUGGAGUUUAGUGAGGCUGAAGGCACGACUAUUCGCGAUUGGCUGGAAGGGGAAUUUUUGAUAACCGGAGGUUUUGGCGAGCGCCGGGAAGUCGAGCCAUGUUAUCUUUCGCUUCUUCUCUUGCGAGCCAGAUUGGCUUACUGAUUGCCAUCUUGAACAAGAGCAACUACAAGUCUGUAGUGCUUGAGCUUAGCAAGUUGACGGAGUAUGGGAUAGAUGCAAGCGUUCUUGUGCUCCGUAUGUGCCUGGAGCAAGUAAAUAAAAGGGAAGGAGAAGUGCAAAAUUUGCAGUUGAAACUUGAGCUCUUAGCGUCUGUUAUUAAAGAGCUCGUUCAUCAACCAAAUUUUGCCACUAUUUUUUGUGAAGCUGUGAGGCAAAUUGUAUCUAUCAGUGAAGACUUUCUGGAUUAUCUCUCAAAAGCGCUGAAGUUGACGAUACCAGAACAAAUUGCUCUUGGUCUGGCAUUGUCAAAUGCAGAAGAUUUAAAACAUCGCCAAGAGGGUCAAAGCUUUUGUGAGUUGAAGAUUUUGGAACUAAGUCAGAGUUCGGCAGCUGUAACGCAUGGUUUGAUUUUAGACAUAUUUUUCUUUCUUCGUCAGAGUGAAGCACUCUCCAAGCAUCUUCCAGCUUUUUUUAAGGCUUUGGUCUCUAUAGCGCCAAAUGCGGAGUUCUCUUUGAUGUUAACUCCUCAUUUCCGGGAGGAAGUUAACGAAGUCAAUUGUCUCAGGAAGUUCGAGAAGUUCUCCUCUUCGGGCUUGUACACAUCUGACGACAUGGUGCAGCAGCUUACAAAUGCUAACCAUGCUGCAGCCGUGAUGGAAGAAUUGGGGUACAGCUGUACUAGUGAUGUUGAGUGUUUCAAGGAGAUACUCGCUUUGUUCCCCUCCAUUACUGCGAAAGACGUUGCCCGUCUUGUAGGGAUGAUUGCCAGGACGCACAAAGGACUCGAUGAUGCUCAAGGCACACAUGGAACUUUCAGCACGGCACUCUGUAGUACCGAACACCUUUUACCUGACUACGUCAGUACUUGGAACGUGGAUGUGCUUUUGGAUGCCCUGAAUCAACUGGUGCCGGAUCUGAAUUGGAUCUCGGUCAUUGAGAAUUUGGAUUAUGAGGGAUUUUUUUUACCAGAUCAAAAGGCAUUCUCACUUCUUAUGACGAUAUACUCCAAAGCUUGCCAGGAACCAUUUCCAAUAGAGGCCGUGUGUGGAACACUUUGGAAGAAUGGAGAUGGACAGAUGUCUUUUCUAAGAUAUGCUGUGGCAGCACCCCCUGACGUAUUCACAUUUGCUCAUUCUCCAAGGAAACAGGCACCAAUUGAGGGCAUACCUGGCCAAAGGUCUUCAAAUGUUACACCGAAUCAUGCAUGGCUGUCGCUUGACCUCCUUGAAGUGUUGUGUCGCUUAGGCGAAGCUGGACAAUACAGUAGUGUUCGUUCACUGCUUGAGUUUCCAUUAAAGAACUGUCCGGAACUGUUGCUACUUGGAAUGGCCAAAGUGAAGACCGAUUGGAACACCUUGCAGUCCGAAAUUUUUUCGGCACUUUUGCCUGCAGUUUUCAAUAGCGCUGCGCACACCGCUGUUUUACAACAACUUCGGUUUGUAAAUGGUGAAAUCGUAACCCGAGGCAUGGUCGAAAUGCAUUCCAAGGAUCCGACCCAUUUAUCCAGAUUUUUGGACAUUUGUCAGGAACUGAAGACUCUGCCCGUCGUUUUGGAGACUACCCCCUUUUCUUUUGCAAUCGAUCUUGCUGCCCUGGCAUCUAGGAGGGAGUGCUUAAACUUAGAGCAGUGGUUACAAGAGAACAUCACGUUUCAUCGCGAUGUUUUUUUCCAGGCUUGUUUAAAAUUCUUACGAGAAAGACGUUUGGUAGAAGCUCGUAAUGAAGGUCAGAACGGUGGAACUGUCGAUGGGCAACGAUCAGGACCUGCAAUUACUCUCUCACUGGAGACAACGGCCCUGAUUUUUAAGGUCUUGCAGGCCAACAUUGGCCGAUUGUCCUCUCGGGAUCUUGCAGAGGAGCUAAAGCGGGUUUACAACUCUGCGAUCCGGAUCAAUCCUCGUCUUCUUAGUGUCGGUGCUUCAGAGCAGUCACCUUCUGAAGUUUUUGCAGCAGAUAUCGAGGAAGAAGCUAACUCAUACUUUCAAAAGAUUUACGUCGGUCAACUGACCAUCGAGGACGUGGUGGGAAUGUUGGAGCGUUUCAAUGAAUCUCGAGUUCAAAGGGAACAAGAAAUAUUUGCUUGUAUGAUUCAGAGUCUGUUUGAUGAAUAUCGUUUCUUUCCAAGAUAUCCGGAGAGGGAGCUCAAAAUCACAGCCGUGUUAUUUGGAUCUCUUAUCAAGCAUCAACUGGUGUCAUCUUUGACCUUGGGAAUCGCCCUGCGCUGUGUUUUGGAUGCUCUUCGGAAGCCACUUGACACGAAGAUGUUUUCGUUUGGGUUAACUGCUUUGGAGCAGUUCAUGGAUCGACUUGUAGAAUGGCCGCAAUAUUGCAACCACAUCUUGCAAAUCUCUCACAUGCGGGAUGCCCAUAGUGACUUGAUGGAGUUCAUUGAACGUGCACUUGCCCGAGUAUCCUCAAGCCAGUCGGAAGUUAUUGGGAAUGUAUCACUAGCAGAGCAAACUCAAGUCAGUUCCGGGCCGGUCUACAACACCUCAAAUGCAUCUGCUCCAGAACCACUUGAGGUUGCUACGGGUAGUGCAUUGACUACAAAUUCAGAUGUCGGAGAAAGAAAGUUUGUGGGACCCUCGCCAUCCCAAUCAAGGUUUUCAGUGGAGGGCUCUGAAGGCAUGGUUCUAACCAGCGCGGGACCAAUACAGCAUCGAGAGCUCGCUCAGCAGCAAGCGCCUCAGGCGGCGCAACUUGCUUUGCAGCAGUUUCAGCAACAGCAGCAAGCUUUGGAAGAUAGGCACAAGUCAACUGGAGCUUCACUCAAUUUCGGUGGCAAGGGCCCGCAAUUGGCUCCAUCUCAGACUACUACUAGUCUGUUUGACACAAAGUCUUCCCAGUCGAUACAAUCCAGCUCAUAUCAGACAUCAGGAAAUGGACAACUGGCGACUGUAGCGUCGAAUUUCCAACGAUCUUCGCGCAGCGGUCUCUCGAGUGGAUUACGCCAACCUUCUAUUGCAGCAGGUUUUGGCCAUGCUAUCAACAUAGAGACUCUGGUUGCAGCGGCUGAGAGACGAGACAUACAAAUUGAGGCGCCAAACUUGGAGGUUCAAGACAAGGUGGCGUUUGUUAUCAACAAUAUAUCCACUGCUAAUCUGGAACCAAAAGCGAAAGAGUUCUUGGAGGCUGUUAAGGAUUUAUUUUAUCCUUGGUUUGCUCAAUACAUGGUGAUGAAAAGGGCUAGCAUCGAGCCCAACUUCCACGAUUUGUACUUGAAGUUUCUGGACAAAAUCAGCUCCAAGAAUCUUCACAAGGAAAUUGUGAAGGCAACCUAUGAAAAUUGCAAGGUCCUUUUAAGAUCUGAGCUCAUAAAGUCUAGUUCAGAAGAACGGUCGCUGUUGAAAAAUUUGGGUAGCUGGCUUGGGAAGCUGACAAUCGGAAGAAACCAAACCUUGCGGGCAAAGGAGAUUGAUCCGAAGUCGUUGAUCACUGAGGCUUACGAAAAGGGUCUGAUGAUCGCCGUGAUUCCUUUCACUUCUAAGAUACUCGAGCCAUGUCAAUCCAGUCUAGCUUAUCAGCCCCCGAAUCCAUGGACGAUGGGCAUUCUUGGUUUGUUAGCUGAAAUCUAUGCACUUCCAAACCUGAAGAUGAACUUGAAGUUCGAUAUCGAGGUCCUAUACAAGAACCUUGGAGUCGACAUGAAGGAUGUGAAGCCAACUCAGCUUUUGAAAGGCAGGCCACGAGAAAUAGAGGGAAAUCCUGACUUUUCCAACAAGGAUUAUGCGACCCUUCACCCACAACCACCGAUAACCAUUUCUGAGCCUCAAAGCAGCCUACCUUCUAAUACACCAGCAUUGGCUCAGCAGCUCGCACCGUCCGCACACUUGUCUUCAACUCCUGUACAGCAGGAAGAGGAGAAAGUAGUGUCACUUCAGGUUUCAGAGCGCUCUGUUUCUGGUCAAGCACUGUCACCUGGAACUCCUUCACCAUCUCCGUAUUCUGUUGGUCAGGUGUCGAUGUCUAUUCCGAACUUAACGGCUUACGUCGUCAUAAAUCCAAAGCUGGCAGGUUUGGGUCAACAGUUGCACCUUUCGAGGAUUGUGCCUGUGGCAAUGGAGCGAGCUAUUCGAGAAAUAAUAUCUCCUGUUGUGGACCGGAGCGUUACGAUUGCCUGCAUGACAACCCGGGAGCUUGUUAUCAAGGAUUAUGCUAUGGAGGCAGAUGAGAAUCGAACUCACCAGUCAGCAAAUCUGAUGGUAGCUAGUUUGUCAGGGAGUUUAGCCCACGUUACUUGUAAGGAACCAUUGCGUGUGGCCAUGGCCAAUCAUCUAAGAAGCCUUUUCCAAGCUCAUGUGGGAGGUGACGUGUUGGAGCAAGCCGUCCAGCUCGUGACGAAUGAUAACCUUGAUCUUGGCUGCGCUGUCAUCGAGAAGGCUGCAACAGAGAAGGCUCUUAGAGACUUGGAAGAGGCCAUUGGUCCUUCUCUUGCUCUUCGUCGUAAACAGCGAGAGGCUUUGGGUGCGACAUACUACGAUGCUUCAACUUAUUCUCAAGGAAACCUUGCACGGUUACCAGAAGCUCUACGACCGAAGCCUGGCCGUUUGUCUAACUCUCAGCAACGUGUAUACGAAGAUUUUGCGAGAUUGCCGUGGCAAAACCAGCCCAGUCAAGGCACUGUCGCUCCAGUUGGCUCUGCUGCUCCUCCUGGUAUCUCUACCUUGGGACCUGGCUCGAGCCGAGGACCUUACAUAGUUACUUCCGCUCAGGGUUCGGGAAGUUCUUUUAUCGGUUCUGGCGCGACUCCUACUUCUGGACUGGGGGCGUUAGCGCAGCCCUCAGAACUCAGCUCAGAUGAGUUGGAGCAUCAUGCGAACUCACCUAUGAGUUUCACUCCAGCUGGAUCAGUCAUCGCAACUGACGGAGCUUCUCGGCCAAGUCAAGAUGGGACGGGAGGAUUAGCUGUAUAUCCUCCAGUUGGGAGUCCUACCAUUGAAGGGUCUGGUCUUGAGGCUGCAGCGAAGAUUGUUGGUCCCGCCAUUGCCCCAUCAGCAUCGCCUCCGCUACCAACAGAGUCACUGAAUUCAUCCGUGGUGGAACCGUCUGUAACGACUGGAGAGGCUAUUGAAAAGUAUCAAGUUGUGGUUCAAAAGUUGGACGCAGCUGUUUCGAAGGUUGCAACCGCGUCCUAUUCCUCCCUUCCUUCCGAUCAUGAGAUUCAGAGUCUGGUGGUUGAAAUUCCGGAGAUCAUCACUCAAUGUAUAAGUAGGGACGAGGCAGCUCUUGCGAUUGCACAAAAGGUCUUCAAGCGCUUGUAUGAAAAUACUGCAAGUCAUCUGCAUGUCUCUGUACAUCUAGCAAUCUUGGAGGCAAUAAGAGACGUGUGCAAACGUGUCGUCAAGGAGCUCACUAGCUGGGUGAUUUAUUCAGAUGAAGAUAGGAAGUUCAAUCGGGAAAUAACUGUAGGUCUUAUACGGUCGGAGUUAAUCUACCUCACUGACUACAAUCUACAUCUAGCGAAGCUCAUAGACGGAGGCCGCAACAAUGCUGCUCUGGAGUUUUCGAUGUAUCUUGUGAAGACAUGUGUGGUAGAAGAUGGCGGUGUGAGCAACAACGAAUUUCAAAACGUGAUUGAUGUUCUUGGAAAGCUUGCUGCAAGGCCAGGAUCUCCAGAAGCGUUGCAGCAGUUGGUCGAGGUUGCAAAGAACACUACAAGUGCCGUUUCUCAAAGCGGAGCUGCCAAUAAGGAAGAUAAGAGCAGAGUUUCCAAAGAAAAGAAGUUGCCGUCUAGUCGGCUUGUAGGUCUGAGAGAGGACAGCAAAAUGACGAGCCGUGAUAUGGCGGCCGCUGAUCCUGCUGGGCUUCGUUCUCAGGUCGUUCUUCUGUUUGAAGAAUGGGCCCGCAUCUGCGAUGCUCCGGGUGCGAACGACAAGGCGUACGCUGUCUACAUGUCACAACUCCAACACUCAGGAAUGCUCAAAGGCGAUGAUGUUUCGGAUCGUUUCUUCCGAAUCCUCAUGGAAUUGGCCGUGUCCCAUUGCUUGAGUGCCGAGAGCCAGUCUAGCCAAGGGGCUACAGGUCCUUCUGGUCAGUCUGGUCAAGCUGUAUCUUUUGGGGCUAUCGAUAUGUAUGCGAAGCUUGUUGUCUUGUUGGUGAAGUAUUAUGCGGUAGAUCCUGCAAUGAGUAAAGUUGCACUUCUUAACAAGGUCUUGAAUGUUACCGUGAGAGUCAUCCAAAGAGAUGCUGAUGAGAAGAAGACUACUUUUCAUCCCCGACCAUACUUCAGGCUUUUUGUCACUUGGUUGAUGGAUUUCAAUUCAGCAGAUCCUGCUUUGGAGUCUAGCAACUAUCAGGUGCUUACAGCUUUUGGCAAUGCACUGUUGGCUUUACAGCCACUUCGAGUACCCGGUUGGAGCUUUGCGUGGUUGGAACUCAUCAGCCACCGAAUUUUUAUGCCGAAGUUACUUCUACAAAAUCAGAAAGGAUGGCCGUUGUUUCAACGACUGCUUGUUGCCCUUUUCAAGUUCAUGGAGCCAUACCUGAGAAAUGCUGAUCUGAGUGAUCCGGUACGUCUGCUGUACAAAGGAACUCUGCGUGUACUUCUCGUGUUGCUUCACGACUUUCCGGAGUUUUUGUGCGACUACCAUUUUAGCUUCUGCGAUGUCAUCCCUCCAAGUUGCAUUCAGAUGCGCAAUCUCAUCCUCAGUGCAUUCCCACGCAACAUGCGCCUGCCGGAUCCCUUUACUCCCAACUUGAAGGUGGAUCUUCUUCCAGAAAUAAGUCAAGCUCCACGAAUUCUUUCGGACGUUGAAGCUGCCCUGAAAAACAAACAACUGAAGGCUGAAAUUGACGAUUAUUUGAAGACUCGACAACCACACUCCUUAUUGUCAGUGGACCUCAAGCAACGGUUGAUGCUUCCACAACAUGAGGCAUUACCAUGCGGCACACGAUAUAAUGUGCCGCUCAUCAAUGCACUAGUUCUAUAUGUCGGGAUGCAGGCGAUCCAGCAAUUACAGAGCAAAACAACCCCGCAACAACUGGCAGUGCCGACAGCACCUAUCACACAUAGUGCUCCAAUGGACAUUUUCCAGAUGCUUAUAGUAGAACUCGACACGGAGGGGCGCUAUUUGUUCCUCAACGCAGUGGCCAAUCAACUCAGAUACCCCAACAAUCACACUCAUUAUUUCUCUUGUGUCCUCUUAUACUUAUUUGCAGAGGCAAACCAGGAGAUUAUACAAGAGCAAAUUACAAGGGUUUUGUUGGAGCGUCUGAUUGUGAAUCGUCCUCAUCCAUGGGGUUUGUUGAUCACGUUUAUAGAGCUCAUAAAGAAUCCUCGCUACAAUUUUUGGAGUCAUGGUUUUACAAGAUGUGCCCCGGAGAUUGAGAAGUUGUUUGAGUCGGUAGCACGUUCAUGUAUGGGACCUCCUUUGAAACCGUCGGAGGAUGACCUCUCUUCAGGCGGCCUGUCCUCGGAUGGCAUUAAGGUGUAAUCCGAUUUGCAAUUCGGUUGAACGGAGAAAUAUUUGUACACAUAUUUAGCAAGGUUUUGCAGAUUCUUGCUUCUCCGUCCACACGGAAAGGGAAUCUAAGAAUGGGGUCGGAUGGAUGAGAAUUUUUCUCAGCUAAUGUAAACCCCUGAGUCAUGUAUAUUGAAGAAUAUGGUCUGUGAAUGAGAAACACUAGGGAAGGAUGGAGCAAGUGUCCAUGACUGUCAUUAAACAAGUGUUGUUGCCUUCGGAGGUUUAGCGACACAUAGAUAGAGACAAGUGAUGCCUUGCACCGUUGACCCUGUUCAUAUUUAGCCAUUUUUCUCAGUACUUUGGCCAUCUCGGGAGGGCUGAUUGGCCUUUCUAGUUAGGUGUCAGUUCUGUUCAUUAUUAGGAAUCUGCCUCCUCAUCAGGGCAGUCCGCUUACCUCAUUCGGUAAAUGUGGAUAUCUGGUAGGGUAUUAGCACAAAAUGUAUAGGACUUCAACUCUGUGUUUGACAAUCUGUUCAUCAAGCGGAUUUUUGUGAGAAGAAACAUACUGAUAUAUUUGCAGUCAAUGUGUGUUAAAUGA